AUGCUGCCCAUCCCAAAUCAGUUUCGAUGUUGCGACUGCGAGCGUGAUUUCAAUACAAAGGAAAGUCUUUCACAGCAUCUUGAAGACAGCCCAGCACAUCCACACAAGAAAUUCCAAAGGAAGACAGGAUGCAACAUGUGCAGAAGGACCUUCCACUGCAAGGCUGCACUGGAACAGCACAAAAGCUCGAUUCGACACCAGCCAUUAUGCCACAUCAAAUGUCUAGCAAGUAGUAAAUGCAAGAAAACAUUUGACUGCCCGUCGGCGCAGCUGCAUCACUUGGAAAGUGGAACUUGUCCGUCAAGGAUAGGAAAGACGCAGUUAAAUGCCGCCAUUAUAAAGAACGACGUAAGAGGGAUCAUAACAAACCAAGGCUCAAGCAUGCGGCUUUCGGAGGACGACGUGUCUGAGACUUCGACAACAAGCAGUCCACUGCUGACUCCUACGUCGACGGAAUUCUUUGAAUCCUAUCCAUCGCCAAUGCGAAGUUCGAAGUCUGAUAUUAUGGAUAUUUCAGAUCUCACUGGAGUAAUUAGCCCGCGGCUGGGUGUUGUAAGUGGGUUUACACGAUGUCCCCUUUGCCCACCCAGACGUACCCGCACAUACGGUCACCAAGCCCUCCAACAACACUUAUCGUCAAGCGUUCACUCCAAGACGAUCCUAACAGUGGUUCGGAGUAUACCAAAUGAGAUAUCGUUCUGUUGCCCACUGGCCCUGAUGAAGGAAAGCAGUACAAGGAAACCCCCAAAGAACUUCUCGACCGUGAGCGGUUUAGCACAGCAUAUUGAGUGUGGCGCUUGUUAUGGAGGUAAAGAAACAUUGCGUCGGGCAGUCGAGUAUCUCCAGAGUGAGAUGAAGACUUUGAAUCUGGGUGGGUUAAAAUUGUUGAAUUGA